ACGGCCGAGUGUAGCGAAACAACGUCGCUGAGGCGCUAGUCGAUCCGCGACGAUCGUCGCAGUUCAGUUCGCCUUUUCACGCUACGCGCUCCGCACUUUCCGCAUUUUCCGCGCGUCACGCCCACGCAUACGGCGAGCUUCCACCUCACGCUCUCACGCUCCGAGCGUGAGCAUCCACCGUCUCACGCCCUCCUAGCCCGCCGCAAUGUUGACACUCACGCUGGGGAUUAGGCGGCAGCUGGCCGCAGCCUUUGCCUGUAGCCUGGCGUCGCUGAUCGCGGGCUGUGUGCUGGGCUGGCCCUCGCCGACGCUGAAGAAGCUGCGGGAGCCGGACUCGCCGCUCCACCUGAGCACGUACCAGGAGGCGUGGGUGGUGAACGCCCUCUACUACGGCACCGUGCUCAGCCCCUUCCCGAGCGGGUACCUCAUGAACAAGCUCGGACGGAAGAUGUCCCUCCUCGUCCUCUGCGUCUUCCCGACCCUCUCCUGGAUCCUCAUCUACUUCAGCAGCUCCGCCUACAUGCUCAUGCUCGCCCGCCUCUUCGCCGGAUUCUGGACCGGCGGCACCCAGACCGUCAUGCCCAUCUACAUCGCUGAGAUCUCCGAGCCGCAGGUGCGCGGCGUGUUCGGGACGUUCAUCCAGCUGAACAUCUACCUGGGCACCAACUUCGCCUUCCUGGUCGGGCCGUACGUCUCGAUCCAGCUCAUGGCGAUCCUCUGCGGGAUCCUCCCGGUGAUCUUCUUCGUCCUCUUCGGGCUCUGCCCCGAGUCGCCCUACUUCUACACGAUGGAGGGGCGCCACGCGGCGGCCGCCGACGCCCUCACCUGGCUCCGCGGGGACGCUCCCGUCGACGCCGAGCUCCGCACCGUCCGCCACUCGGUCGAGAAGGAGUCGGCCAACCAGAGCGGGGUCUUCCGCCGCAUCGCCGACCUCGUCACCGUCCCGGCCAACCGCAAGGCCUUCAUCAUCGUCGAGACCAUGAACGCCCUCCAGCGCUUCUCCGGCAUCAGCUGUAUGAUGGCCUUCUCGUCUGUCGUGCUCCCGGAGACCGGGGCGCUCAACUCGGAUCACUGCACGAUCAUCAUGGGUAUCGUCUGGAUGGUUUCCUGUCUAGGCACAUCCGGCCUCAUAGACAAGGCAGGUCGUAAGCCCCUACUCUACGUAUCCAGCAUCGGCAUUGGAGUCUCAAUGCUCUGGACGGGAGUGUGGUACUAUCUGGAUGAAAAUACAACGUAUGACGUCACCGGAUGGAACUGGCUGCCAUUGGCGGGAUUCCUGGCUUACGGUUGCACGUUUUCCUUGGGGCUCGGCCCUCUCUCGUCCACCUACCAGGGGGAGAUGUUCCCCAGCAAUUUGAAAGGCCAAGCGUCGGCUAUCACCACGAUAACGACAGCCUUGGCAUCCGCCAUCAGCACUGGUUUAUUCGCUGUGCUGUCAAAGAAUGUCGGGGUUUAUAUGAACUUCUACAUUUUCUCGGCUGUUGGGUUUAUUAAUUUCUUCUUCACUUAUUUCUACGUUAUAGAGACUAAAGGAAAAUCUUUGCAGAUGAUCCAGGCUGAACUUAAUGGGGAGGAGAUCAUUAAACCUGAGAUGAACGGAGACUCGGAAAAAGUGUGAAAAAAUAGGUUUAUGAAAUUUUGCGACGAAUGAUUUUCCGUCCAGGUUGAAAAAAGAUAUUGUCGAUGUUGUUAUUAUUUAUUACAUUUUUCGCCUCUUCUCCUCUUUAAAGUUACGAUAAUAGUUGCCGUCUUUUAGGGGCGACUUUGAGGACAAUCAUAAUUAGAGAGAGACUGAAAAAAAUAAAAGAACGAUUGAACGUUCAAGUUUAUGUGUAGAGUAAAAAAAUGUAGGAGUGAAAUUAAGCGCAACAGUGACACGGUAUCUCUCUUGAGGAAAUCCUGAAAUUUUAGACGAAAGACCAAAUCUAGUCAUCUGACUAUAAUGUUGAUAAGAAAACUGAUUAAAUAAUAAGUUCGUGAGAAGGCAUCAGCAGAUGAUCGAGAGAUGACUUUCUGUGAUAAGCUAUUGAAUUGAUGAAUCAGAAAUCAAUUUUAAAACGUAUUUUGCUCAUAGAUUUAAGUUCAUUGUUUUACAAUUCAAAAACGGACACUCGCUUUAUUUGUGUAACAAGACCGUAAUUAGAGUAAUUAGAGACCGUAAUUAGAGUAAGACCGGAUAUCAAGAUGCAGGGAUACAUAGAACAAAUAGUAUUAUUUAUGUUUAAUUGUGAGCACUAAAUCAUUACAUUCAUCCGUGAGUAAAUUUGUAUCACGACAGCGAUAGAUAAGCUGCAGAAUUCUCAAAAAUACGUUCACAUUCGAGUAGACUGUAGAUAUUUAUAAGUUACUGAUAAAAACUGUGAUAUAAUUAUUUAAGUUCUUAUGACUGUCUAGAUGUUCAUUCACUUCUUGAAUUUGGAUGAAUAAAGUAAAUGAACGUCUUUUAAAUAAAA